CUAGGUAAAUAACAAAUAGAAGUUUUGCGAGGUUUUGAUUUCCCUCAACAACUUCUCAUGAACGUUGCAUUUACGUUGUACAGUAAUGUUAUUACGUUCCCUUAAUGCAACAUCGCCGAAAGGCUUGGCAACGUUAUGUGCUAGCUGGGGGUCAUCGUCAUGCGCAGUAAAUAAAAACCUAUCAAUAAAGCCCAAAGUCGAACGGUUUUUAUUCACUGCGCAUGACGAUGACCGUAAUAUUACGGUUUUGUGAGAUGUUGGGACAAAGCUAUAAUCUAAAAAUGAUGAUGGUAUAAAAACAAAACAAUAACAUAACCUCAAAAUAGGAAUUAUACUUAAUAAAACGCUUGCCAUGAAAAAAUAAUAUUUGCGAAUAACUGUAAUCAAUACUUUACAAAAGAAAAAAUAUAUAUUCAAGCCAUUAUACAGCGAUUUCAACAAUGAAAUUGAUUGAAGAAAAAUACGUGUUUGGAAUUGACUGAAGAUAAGAAGACCAGCCGCAGCAGGAUGAAUAGUGGGAACAGGAGGAUGGAUCAU